GGAACUGUCAUUGAAAGAUCUUCAUACUGUCCACGCAAGUGAUUCCGGCUUUUGAGAGCCACGCUAUACCGUGCAGCGUUGAAGACGAGUAGCCGCCCUCGCCGCGCAAUAGAAAUCCUUGAAUCAAUGGUUGGAAAUCUGCGGCCUAAGCCGAUGUCAUAUGCACAUCCUGUUUCUUUGCCUUAACCCUAGUCAUUACUGGGUGGAGCACAUAUUCCCGAGCCGGAUUUCACUAGUGUGAAGGUGAUGAAGAAUCUAAUCACACUAGCUGAAGGACUGAAGCUGUGACCCCGCAAUUGAAUAGGACUGAAUUUCACGUAGAGUAGAAACGGUAGGGAUCAACUCAUUGCUAGAUAAUUGUAUUUAGGAUCCAUCUACGGUGACAAAAAAGUGUUCAAUUCCCCGAUAUUUGGUCUCUGUCCUUGAGGUCAUGGCACCUGCGGGACCGGAGUACUCCGCUAACAGCCAGACCAAUAUAGGCGAACGGCAGAGAAAGGAUCUCGAAAUUUGUGAUUGCGCUUGGAAUGAGGGGUCAUGCUCCACCCUCUCCAGUACUCUGAUAUAUUUAAGCUUCACUCCUCCCGCCGGAAAACCUCGACUAUUGCCAUCAUCCGCCGAAUGGAGCAUAAUAGGCCGAGAUCACCCGGGCAUGACGGCGUCCGGAGUGCCCAAAAAGGAGAUACGGUUGUCACCCAGUCUAGUAGAGGCGUCACCGCCAACAAGGCGCUCCUCGAUGACGAGGGCCGUUCCGAUCUCGAGAGAUAUUACAUUAUUAAAGGCGAUGCCCACUUCCAUCGUCUCGGCUGGAAACGGCUCACCGUCGUGUCGAUAGUAGAGGGAAUUGCUCUCGGCAGUCUUGGCCUGCCUUACGCAUUCGCAACUCUGGGUAUGGUUGCGGGCAUUAUCAUGACGAUUGGGCUCGGCUUUGUGGCCAUGUACGCCAGUUACAACAUUGGACAAGUCAAGCUCAAGUAUCCAGAAAUCGCUCAUUAUGCGGAUGUCGGACGGCUUCUACUGGGAAACGUUGGAUCGAAACUUUUUGUCGGCAGCUUCGUUGCUCUACUCAUCUUUGUUGUCGGAUCGCAUUGCUUGACUGGUGCUAUUGCGUUCAAGACUAUCACUGAAAGCGAUGUGUGUUCGAUCGUCUUUAGUGUCAUAUCUGCUGCAGUUCUGAUGAUACUAGCUAUCCCUCCGGCAUUUGCAGAUGUCGCGAUACUGGGCUACAUCGAUUUCGCUUCGAUCAUUCUCGCGAUAGGGGUGACUAUGAUUGCAACCGGCAUCCAAAGCUCGAAUGGGUCCUUUACCUCUGCCAUAGGGUAUUCUGCGUGGUCCGCCUGGCCGAAAGAAGGGAUCACUUUCUCCGAGGCUAUCGUAUCCACCAACAGUAUUGUCUUUGCAUACUCCUUCGGCGGUUGCUUACCAUCAUUCAUGGAAGAAAUGCACACCCCGGAGGACUAUGUCAAGACCCUUUGGUGGCUAGGGGGUAUUCAAAUCGUGAUCUACACUCUGACGGGAUCUAUUAUCUACGCCUUCGUAGGGCAAGGGGUGCAGUCCCCUGCUCUACUGUCCGCGGGUCCAAUUAUCUCACGGGUGGUCUUUGGCAUAGCGCUUCCCGUCAUCUUCAUCUCGGGGUCAAUCAAUACGACGGUCGUUUGUCGAUACAUUCACGGAAAGAUGUAUCGGGAUUCAGUCGUCCGCUUUAUCAACACCACCAAGGGCUGGGCUACAUGGCUCGGGCUUGUACUUUCCGUUACCCUUCUCGCCUGGAUUAUUGCCGAGGCGAUUCCCGUAUUCUCUGAGCUACUCUCUAUCAUUUCAUCGCUGUUCGUUUCUGGUCUGUCUUACUAUAUUCCGCCGAUAAUCUGGUACGUGCUGCUGAGGGAAGGCGCGUGGUAUGAAAAACACAACUUGAGGACAGCCAUUUGCAAUGCUGUGGUUUUCGUCGUUGGAAUGAUUGUCUUUGGAUGUGGCACAUACGCCAGCAUUGCCGAGCUGGUUCAUAAAUUUCAGUCCGGCUCAAUUAGCAAGCCCUUUACGUGCGCAGCUUAGUAAAGCGUCAGCGAGAUAUCCGGUCUCCUUCGGGGUGGGAUAUCGACAGAGCUGGCUGGAGUAACGAAGCUGUUAGAGCACUAAGUUAGGCUAUUGAUGUUCUCUAAG